AUGGCAGUUGAAGGAAUAAAAACUGCUCAAAAAGCAAAUGUAAGCAUUUCAGUAUCUGCAUUUCUACUGACAGAACAAGGGAGACAAAAAACUUCGAUAGCAAGUUAUUCGUUUUCGAAAGAGCGAAGUGAUACUACUGAUACUAGAAGGCUUAUUGACAAUCGACAGCAUCCAAUUGAUAUCAUUCAACGCCGUUCUUCAUCAGCUUGUCGAAUCAUUCCUAAUUGGGAAGAAGCAUCUCAUCAUAUUAUAUUUAGUACACAGACCAAUAAUGGAAAUCAUCAACGAUCAUUAUCAUCUAAACGUAAUAUCAGUACACAGACAAUUAUAGGAGAUGUUCGACAACCAGCUUUGCUUGAAGCUUAUCGACCAUUAGUAACAACUGAUACAAUUGUUCAACGUUCUCAUAAUCAUAAACGACGUCGAAAAAAGAAAAAAGCUGAUGAAAUCAAACAGGUAGUUAAUAAAGAUCCAUCCCCAAGCACUAUUGUAACUACUGAUAUGCCUUCGAUAAAUCGUCAUCCAUUCAAUUCUGAAUUUAUUCGUCAGCGACAAGCUGCUAUCGACAAUAUGGAUUAUCAACAAAACAUUAUUUCAUGA